AAACAAGUAGCCUGGUGUCUUCUCUUCUUGUCUUCUUCUUCUCUUCUCUGGCGAAACCUUUUCCUCCUGCUUUCAGUCCAAAGGAGAAAAAAAAGCUGCUGCAGCUUCAUAGGAGUUUUCCACAUCAGUUUAUGUGCUACAUUGUAGCAAAUAUUAUUUAUUUUGGGCUUUUUUUUUCACGAACGGAACCAAGACAAUGACACAUUUUAACAAGGGGCCAGCCUACGGGUUAUCUGCUGAAGUGAGAAGCAAAAUUGCUCAGAAAUAUGACACACAAAAGGAAGAGGAGCUCCGCUUCUGGAUUGAAGAGGUGACGAGGAUGCCUAUCGGAGAGAACUUCCAGAAAGGCCUGAAGGACGGCGUCAUCCUCUGCGAACUGAUUAAUAAGCUUCAACCUGGUUCAGUAAAGAGAAUCAACCUUUCCCAGCUGAACUGGCACAAGCUGGAAAACCUUGGGAGUUUCAUCAAAGCUAUCCUGGCGUACGGCCUGAAGCCCAAUGACAUCUUUGAGGCCAAUGACCUGUUUGAAAAUGGGAACAUGACUCAAGUCCAGACCACACUGCUCGCACUGGCCAGCAUGGCAAAGACCAAAGGAAUGGACACAAAGAUCGAUAUCGGGGUGAAGUAUGCAGACAAACAGGCUCGACAUUUUGAUGAUGAGAAGAUCAAGGCGGGUCAGUGCGUCAUCGGACUGCAGAUGGGGACCAACAAGUGUGCGAGUCAGGCUGGAAUGACGGCUUAUGGGACCAGAAGACAUCUGUACGAUCCAAAGACUCAGACUGACAAACCCUACGACCAGACCACCAUCAGCCUGCAGAUGGGCACCAACAAAGGAGCCAGCCAGGCGGGCAUGUCGGCCCCCGGGACCCGCAGAGACAUCUACGACCAGAAGGUGGCGCAGCAGCCGCUGGACAACUCCACCAUCUCCCUCCAGAUGGGGACCAACAAGGUGGCGUCCCAGCGAGGAAUGAGCGUGUACGGUCUGGGUCGGCAGGUGUACGACCCCAAGUACUGCGCCCCGCCCACGGAGCCCGUCGUCCACGCCAACGGCAGCCAGGGGACGGGGACCAACGGCUCCGAGAUCAGCGACAGUGACUAUCAGGCCGAGUUCCAGGAGGACGAGUACCACGGCGGUUACCAUGACGACUACAGCUCCCAUUACAACGAGCAGGGCAUUGACUAUUAGCGGAGAGACCUCCGCCUCAGUAUUAAGUAGUGUGUUUUAUCAGCUACACAACAGAGCAAAACCUUCUGCUGUCCUCACAACUCUUCUUUCAGGUCUCACAGGAAUCCGUGGAAUAGCCACGGAAUCACUCAAAAUUCCGUGAAACUGACACGGAUUUCGCUACAAUGCAAGUUAAUGAUAUUAUGAUAUUCACUGAGUGAAUAUUUAGAAAAUAAAACAUAUAUUUCUCGCUAGAAAUGUGAUCGAAAUCCAUUUUUAUGCAGAAACUAAGUCAAAAUAUUGAUUUUUUUUUCACUAAAAAUGAGAGAACUGUCCGCCAUGUUUUUUGUUCUGACCGCCUGGACCUUGAAAGUCACGUGACUUGGAACAAACCAAUAGGAAAAAAAUAUCCAUGGAAUUUUUAGUGAAAAAAAUCAAUAUUUUGAUCACAUUUCUCGCGAGAAAUAUACGUUUUAUUUUCUAAAUAUUCACUCAGUGAAUGUACAUAAUCACUUUGUAUGUCAUUAACUUGUAUUGUAGCGAAAUCCGUGUCAGUUUCACGGAAAUUUGAGUGAUUCCGUGGCUAUUCCACGGAUUCCUGUGAGACCAGGUUCCUUCAGGCAUGAAUUAAAUGUUGCCUUAGUGCUUUUUUUCCUUCUUCACCUAGACUCUUUGAUCGACGCAGCAGAGGUUGUAAGAAGCUCUAGUAACAUAGAAUGAUGAGAUUCAGUGAUGGGAAAUGUUUUAAGCUCUUUUUUUUUUUAUAUAAUGCCCACUUUUUAAAACUGUGUGUUGUAGACGGAGCAGCUGAAGUAGUGAUGAGUGUUUGUGUUCCUGAACUGAACUGAAGAUCCACCAGAAGGAAUUAAACAAAAGGUGAUUUAUAAUGUGCCUGAUAUACU